AUGUAUCACAAAGAAAAAAGCAUCCAGAUCAAAAACAGCGCGUCGGCGCUGUACAACAACCUGAGCGUGCUGCGCAUCGCCCCGCGGCGCCUCACCUACUUCACGGUGGUCCACGCCAACGUGGUCAACAUGGUCAGCGCGUCGUGGGACGGCCUCAACUACUCCCACCGCCAGCUGCAGUCCAAGGAGCCCAAUGUGGCCACCAGCACGUCGCUCAUCAUGCAGGCUGCGUUUUGUGUGUUGCCCUCUCGUGAAUUGCUGGUGAUAACCUCCCAGAAAGGCAUCCAGAUGUAUGAAUCUGAUGGCUCCAUCAUGGUGUACUGGCAUGCCCUGGAUACUCCAGAAACACCAUCAGAGGUUAAUUAUGUCCCAGCUCAGGCCGUUUUUGCUCGAGGGAUAUCAGCAGUCUGGGAGAAUUAUAUAUGUGUGGGCGUUUCAUCUGGUUCAAUUCUAGUCUUUGAUGUUCCCAGUAAAGGCAGUAAUAUAACACUGUCAGAGGUCCUAGAGGAGCACAAGGAGUCUAUAACUGACAUAGCGUCAGAGUGCUCUGGCAGCCAGCAGUGCAUUGCUGAUCUGGUCAGUGCAGACGAUGGGGGAAACCUGUGUGUGUGGAAGUCUGGGGAGGAAUUUCAGCUUCUCAACAAGAUUCCUGGCUUUGAUAUGAGCUGCUCAUCCGUCAAGUUGUGGAAAGGUACAGUGGUGGCAGGUUAUGGCACAGGCCAGAUUCGUCUUUAUGAGGCAGUGACAGGAAUUCUUCACGCCGAAGUCAACGCCCAUGCUCGCUGGAUCUACUCAUUAGAUAUUGCUCCUUUUUCAGGACUGCUUCUGUCUGCAGCUGAGGAUUCUCUAGUCAGAGUUUGGCACCUGACUGUGAGCCAAGAGACCAACAGCGUUGAGGUUGCUCAUUUACACAAUGAGUGUGUGACAGAUACGCAGAUCUGCGGCGCCAGGUUCUGUGAUGGUGACGGUUAUGCCUUUGCGGUAACAGGCUACGACCUGAGUGAGAUUAUCCGCUACACACAGACGUAGGAUUCUGCCCUGACUUGACUUGAGUUAAAGAAUGCGUAUGUUGGAGUGUUUCUGUAAAAAUAAUAUAAAGCAGAUGAGGUGAGGUUUUGAUCAGUGAGUUGCAAUGUUUUUUGAGGAGAAGCAUUGUUUUGUGACAUUUCUGUCUGUAUGUUUAUAUAAAUUUAAAAAGUGAUUAGUAUAUAACAAAAUAAUGCAAAAGUAAAGUGUUAAAGUUUUAUGACAUUAAUGUGAAAGUAGCCCAAAAAUUAAUAAAAUGAUCUAUUCUUCCUAAUUAUUGCACCAGUA